AUGAGUGGGUCUGGCGGGACGCCUCUAAACCGGCUAAGCAGAGAAAAAAGCAACGAGAAGAAGGGUGCGAAGCGUGGGAGCAAGAGGAGCCGCAGUAGCAACGGUGUGAGCAAAGGUGUGAGUAACGGUGUGAGCAAUGGUGUGAGCAGCAGUAUAAGUAGCGGCAUAUGUAGCGGCAUAAACAACCGCGUUAACGCUAACGCGAGCGCCAACCUGAGCGCCACCGACCACGGCAGCGCCACGAAUGUGGGCACGAACAACCCCAUCAGCAGCAGCCCCAAGAGCGCUUCGAACGGCAGCGGACACGAUGACUAUUACGCCAUCUUGGAAGAGCUAGGCAAAUCGGAAACGCCCAAAUUUAGAUCCGUCAAGGAUAGCAUGGAUGAAAAUCUCAACCUUGAAUUUUUGAGAUCCUCCAGUGAAAAUUACACCUACAAGAUUACCUCCAGAGGCCCCGUGUGCUACUCGGCCCUCUACCGUGACGACAAGUAUGUUUACCGUCACAUAAUCCUGAGUGACAACGUGAGACAGUAUGCAGAGAGCAAAGUGCGCAAAACAAAUGCCUUCUUAACCGAGCACUGCAUCGUGAAUGAGUUGCAAAUUGACAUAGGAAAGGGGUGGAAGCAUUUCAUGAUUUACGAUGGUAAGAUUCGAGAGCUGAUUUUGCGAAAGGUCCUGACCGCUGAGGAUAAGUUGCGGAUGGCCGUCCAGGCACAGAAGUAUAAUUAG